AUGAAUUCACUUGGGGCGGCAAACGCUCGGUUUGGCAUUGACCUUUUCAGAGAGCUGAAGAAAACGAAGGAUGGCAAUGUCUUCUUCUCACCUGUGGGCAUCUCCACCACCAUUGGCAUGAUCAUGCUGGGCACCAGAGGGCCCACAGCUCUCCAGCUGCAGAAGGUGUUUUAUCCUGAGAAAGAUACAGAAAACUCAAAAGCAAAAGCUGAUGAAAAGGUGGGGAGCCAGGAUGCAGAAGAGAUUCAUCACCAAUUGCACAUGUUUUUGACUGAUAUAAGCAAGCCCACCAACGAUUAUGAGCUGACAAUUGUCAACCGGCUGUUUGGGGAAAAGACUUACCUCUUCCUUCAGAAAUAUUUAGAUUAUGUUAAAAAAUACUAUCAUGCUACUCUGGAGCCUGUUGAUUUUAUGAAUGCAGCUGAUGAAAGCCGAAAGAAGAUUAAUUCUUGGGUGGAAAGACAAACCAAAGAAAAAAUCAAGGACCUGUUCCCAGAGGGCUCACUCAACAAUACGGUGAAGCUGGUGCUGGUGAACACCAUUUACUUUAAAGGACAGUGGGACAGGGCGUUUCUGAAAGAAGACACCAAGGAGGAGACGUUUUGGCUGACUAAGAGCACCAGCAAGCCGGUGCUGAUGAUGAAGCAGUGUCAUUCCUUCCUCUUCGCCCGCUUGGAGGACUGGCAGGCCAAGAUCCUGGGGAUUCCCUACAAGAACCACGACCUGUGCAUGUUCAUGCUGCUGCCGGAUGAGAUUGACGGCCUGGAGAAGAUUGUAGACCAAGUAAGCCCUGAGCAGCUGGUGGAGUGGACCAGCCCCGGGUACCUGGAGAAGAGGACUGUGAGCGUGCACCUGCCCAGGUUCCAGGUGCAGGACACCUACGACCUGAAGGACUCGCUGAGCGCCCUGGGGCUGGGGGACGCCUUCAGUGAGCGGUGUGCGGACUACUCGGGGAUGUCGCCUGGCUCCGGGCUGCACGCGCAGAAGUUCCUGCACCGGUCCUUCGUGGAGGUGACCGAGGAUGGCACACAGGCCACGACGGGCACUGGUGCCAGCUUCACCACCGCCACAGCCUCGGACUUAGAAAUGUUCCACUGUGACCACCCUUUCCUGUUCUUCAUCAGGCACAAUGAGUCCAGCGCUAUCCUGUUCUUUGGCCAGUUUUCUUCUCCAUAG